UGAACUGCCACAGGUGUUUUUGUCUCGUAGCUAAAGCAGGGGUGUAGCUCUCAGACCGGUGCACUCGCGAACGGAUCUUGAUGACGGGUCAAAAUAGAGGCUGACAAAUCCGUGAAGCAUUUCCAUCACGCUCAGUUAGCAGCAUCACUAACUUCGGCUCGGUUCCGCUAAAGGUAUGUUUUUCAACCCAAACAACAGGGGCAUUUUAAUACCGGGUCGGUCAGAGGCCGGAUCAGGGCGCACAGGUGUCGUCUGUGUUCCAAGUCAGCGGACAUGACCGGCGGUAGUUUCAGCCACAGCUUCGACCAAGGAGAGGACAAAUCGAUCCUCAUAAUUUUCCGGAUUUACAUUUUAUUUGGAUCGGCUCAAGCUAUAAGCAUCGCGAUGGCAGCCGCAGAGAGCCCUGAAGACUCUGCUAGUAACAAAAAGUCUCCGGAAACAUGGAAGAUGUCGUCACUGGUACAGAAGGUGAAGAAGCUUCCCAGACAGGCGAGAGACUACCGUGUCAUCCGCACCGCCUCGCUGAGUCUGGCCUGGUUUUGUAUGAGUCUGUACGUUAGUAUCGUGGGCCCCACUAUGAUCGACCUGAAGGACAGAAUCGGUGUCGACUACGAGGAAAUCUCGCGAGUUCUCGUGUCCGAAACAGUGGGAUUCUUCCUGGCCACCGUGACGGGCGGCAUCUUCCUGGACUUCCAGCCCAAGUACGCCUACGGGGUGCUGGGGUCUGCCUUCUUUCUCGCGGGGGUGGGGACCGCGGGGACACCCUUCACCACCUCCCUCGGGGGACUGGGCUUCUUUCAGCACGUGGCGGGAUGGGGACACGGAUUAACAAACGCCGCCGGUACAGUGGUGUGUGCGCGACUGUGGGGAGACAAGGCAUCUGCACCGAUGCACGCAAUGCACGCUGGGUAUCCCAUCGGAGCCUUCAUCAUCCCGUUGAUCGUCAUCCCCUACCUGUCUCCGGACCGCCCAGCGGCCGUCAACGGUACUACACCCCCUCCUCUCACCGUGGAAGAGGCUUGGAGACUGUCCAAGAUACAGUGGCCAUACGUUGGCGUGUCCGUAGCUCAGUUCAUCAUGUGCAUCUUGUUCGUCUUUUACCAGUACCAAGAGAUAGUCAGUUUUGAUAAAAGCAAGACGAAGAAGGCUCCAAAAUCUUUCUCUGCUUUUCUCUCUCCUGGUCGCUUCAUGAAAGGAAAAGGCAAGAAAGCCCUUUUCCUACUGGGCUUGCUUUUCCUCUACUACACUUUUCUUAAGUUGAACCGGAAUGCCUUCACUCAGUACAUGGUGUCCUACAUGGUCGAGACCAACAUGUUCAGCAAGGCGGACGCCAAUGUUGUCUACUCCACUUUCUGGAUCAGUUACGCCUCCAUGAGGUGGGUGUCUAUCGCUGCAGCAGCUUGGGUGCCCGUCCACAUCAUGUUAUCGGUAGAAAUCACAGGUCUUUUUAUUUCCAGCAUUGUGCUUGCCGUCUGGGGUGCGACGAAUAAGACCGUAUUCUGGGCCUUCACUUGUAUCCUCGGUCUUUCUGUUGCCCCCAUUUUUCCUGGAGGCACAGCUUGGGCGAACCGGUAUCUGGACGCCUCCUCUAUUGUGUUUGCUAUCUGUUUAAUUGGGGCAUCGGUCGGUGGUACAGUUUCAAACUACCUUACUGGUUACCUGUUUGAGUAUGUGGGUCCUCGGUCCAUGCUGUAUUUCUUCAUGGGUUGCGGCUGCGCCCUCUUGCCCACGUUUGCUGUGAUGCAGAUCACUGUGUCUUCACUGUUUGCCGCAAAACCGUCUGCACGCCAGGACGUGGAGUUGGAGACUAGACACAACAAGGGGUUUGAGGUGGGUGAUGAAGAAUGUAAGCCUUAAUGCUUAUCUGAGAAUGAGUUAACUAUUAGUACCACUCAACCAGCCAGCCAAUUAGCCAGUCAACCAAGCAACCAAGCAACCAAGCAACCAAGCAACCAACCAACCAACCAACCAACCAACCAACCAACCAACCAAC